CUUGGCUCAGAUCUAGUUCGAUGAGCCAUCGUUUAGUCGAAGGGGUUGCGGGUAGCUGAGCAUGGAGCGCAGUCAUUUGCCAGAGACGCCAUUCGACCUGGCCCUUUCUGGGCCCAGGUUCCAGGCCCAGUCGAGCGGCAAUGGUUCCGUGCUGGACAAUGUGCUGCCCGACAUGGCGCACCUGGUGAACCCCUACUGGAGCCGCUUCGCGCCCAUGGACCCCAUUAUGAGUAAGAUCCUCGGAGUGUUCACCCUGGCCAUCCUGAUCGUCUCGUGCUGCGGCAACGGAGUGGUGGUCUACAUUUUCGGAGGAACAAAGUCGCUGCGCACGCCGGCAAACCUGCUCGUUCUCAACCUGGCCUUUUCCGACUUCUGUAUGAUGGCCUCCCAGUCGCCGGUGAUGAUUAUCAACUUCUACUACGAGACUUGGGUGCUGGGGCCGCUGUGGUGCGACAUAUAUGCGGGAUGUGGAUCGCUCUUUGGCUGUGUGUCCAUCUGGUCCAUGUGCAUGAUUGCCUUCGAUCGGUACAAUGUGAUCGUGAAGGGAAUCAAUGGCACACCCAUGACCAUCAAGACGUCCAUAAUGAAGAUACUUUUUAUCUGGACGAUGGCUGUCUUCUGGACUGUUAUGCCUUUGGUAGGAUGGAGCGCCUACGUGCCUGAGGGCAAUCUGACUGCCUGCAGCAUCGACUACAUGACGCGUCUGUGGAACCCCCGGUCAUAUCUAAUUACAUAUUCCCUCUUCGUGUACUACACUCCCCUUUUCCUCAUCUGCUACUCCUACUGGUUCAUUAUAGCCGCCGUCGCCGCUCAUGAAAAAGCGAUGCGGGAACAGGCCAAGAAGAUGAAUGUGAAAUCUCUGCGCAGCUCUGAAGACUGCGACAAAAGCGCCGAGGGAAAGCUGGCCAAGGUGGCUCUGACUACAAUCUCCCUCUGGUUUAUGGCGUGGACACCAUACCUAGUCAUCUGCUAUUUCGGACUCUUCAAGAUCGAGGGUUUGACCCCACUGACGACCAUUUGGGGGGCGACUUUCGCCAAGACGAGUGCCGUCUACAAUCCGAUUGUGUAUGGCAUUAGUCAUCCCAAAUACCGCAUAGUUCUCAAGGAAAAGUGCCCUAUGUGUGUGUUUGGCAAUACGGAUGAACCAAAGCCGGAUGCACCCUCUUCUGAUACGGAAACCACAUCUGAGGCGGAUUCAAAGGCUUAAGCAGUAAAAAAGCAACGCAAUUGCCUGCGAAGGGCACAGAAAUGUAAAAAAGUAAUGCACUAUCAUAACGUGAUACAAAAAUGUAAAAAAAAAAUUUAAUAAGCCUUACGGAUUAAAGUUAGUUUGAAAAUUGUUUUAAAA